AUGUCGUCUGUAAAGGUUGCUGUGCGGGUUCGUCCCUUUAACGACCGCGAGAAGAAUAUGAACGCAAUUCUUUGUAUAUCCAUGGAAGGGAAAAGCACGACUAUAGAAAAUAAAGAUGAUGCAAAAAAUCCAAGCAAAACUUUUGCGUUCGACUACUCAUAUUGGUCGCACGAUGGGUUUGAGGUGGACGAUACAGGGUACUGUAGGCCAAGUAGCACUAAGUAUGCAGAUCAACACAGGGUAUAUCAGGACGUAGGUAAAGAUGUUCUGAACAACUCAUUUGAGGGUUAUAAUGCGUGUCUUUUCGCCUACGGUCAAACCGGAGCUGGAAAGAGCUACUCCAUGGUUGGGUAUGGUGCGAAUAAGGGCAUUAUUGUCCGAGCGUGUGAAGAAAUAUUCCAACGCAUACAACAAAAUGCAGACCCUAGCCUCCAAGCUGAAGUUCUAGUAAGCAUGUUGGAGAUAUACAAUGAGCAGGUGCAGGACUUGCUCCAACCAAUGGACAAGAGACCCAAGGGAGGAUUGAAAAUCCGGCACACUCCUCAGUUAGGCACAUUCGUGCAAGAUCUAAGCAAGUGCCCUGUGGACUCGUACGCAGCAAUUCAAGCCAAGUUAGAUGAAGCGGCUUCGGGGGAGCCAGUUUCACAGAAGUGCUCUGAAAUCAACCUUGUAGAUUUGGCGGGUAGCGAGAGGGCUGGAUCUACUGGAGCCACGGGAGACAGACUUAAAGAAGGUUGCGCCAUCAAUCAGAGCCUCAGCGCCCUCGGGAACGUCAUUUCUGCACUAGCAGACAAAGCAGCUGGGAAACUGAAACCUGGACAGGUCGUCCCAUACCGCGACUCGGCGUUGACACGCAUCCUCCAGACUGCACUUGGAGGAAAUAGUAAAACGUGCAUGAUAGCUGCUCUUUCCCCAGCUUCCGUCAAUUACGAAGAAACGCUUAGUACUCUCCGUUAUGCAGACAGAGUGAAACAAAUUAAAAAUGAAGCGGUGGUUAACGAAAACCCUCUAGAAAAGCUUAUCCGAGAGUUACGCGAAGAGAAUGAACGGCUCAAGAAGGCUAUGGGGGGUAACCUACCUGCCCCAAGUGGUGGCGGUGAAGCCGACCCUGCUAUGUUAGAGGCCAUGCGAAAACAGUACGAAGAAGAGAUAGAGGCAAACAGGCGGGCUAUGGAGGAAAUGACACAAAAAGUAGAAGAAGAAAAGAAGAGGGCAGCCGCCAGUAGGAAACUGGAAGAACAGGCCGAGUUGACCCUCCCCACUCUACAAAACCUGAACGAAGACCCUUUCCUUACCGGCAAAAUAGUGUGCGUGCUAAAGGAGGGAUCUAGCACCUUCGGGAAGCAAGAGGGAGAAGAGACACCCACCUUUCGUAUUGGUGGUUUGGGCGUGGUAGCAGGUCACGCUACCGUGACAUGCAGCAAAGUGCAGAACGACGCUGAAGACCCAGAAGACACAUCUUUUUGCGUUAUCUUGAAGGCAGUCGGGAAAACAAUGGUGAAUGGCGUGGAAGUUCAGGAGGGUGAAGAAAGACGGUUGCAACACAAGGACAGAAUUCUAUUUGGUCACAACAAUCUGUAUGUGUAUAUGGAUCCACUUGAUAUGGACAAGGCCAUGCCAUCGUGGGAGGAGGCAAUGAAGGAGGUGAAGAAAGAUCAGAUGGAGGCAUACGGCCAGCCGCAGCAGACUGAAGCAGAUAGAGAGAAGGAGAAAAAGUUUCAGGAUAUGUUGAAAGAGCUAGAGACUGCAAAGAAUUCCUUGGAGACGGAAAGACGCGAUCUGCUCAAAAAAUUGGAGCAGAAGGAACAAGAGCUCCUCGCAAGCGGCGAAUCACAGGAGGUGAUACAGGAGAAGCUCAAAGAACUGGAGCAGGAAAAACAAGAAAUAGAGAGACAACUGCAAAGUAAAGAGGAAGAGUUGUCAUCGAGAGAGCUAAGACUACGAAAGGAGCGGGCUGAAGAGGAAGCCAGAAAGGAGGAAGAAAGGGCUGCCAGGAUUGAAUUGGAGGAAAUCAUGACGAAAACGUCCCUACUCGUUGACGAGGCAAAUAUGAUUGCUCAAGAGCUGGGAGUUGGGGCUUUCUUUUCCCCUAAACUCACAGUUCGUGGUGAUGCCGUCGGGCGUGGUGGUCGAGCAACUAUAGGAGGGUCACAGUCAGUAAUGCAAAGAUCGGAGAUUAUGAUAAGGGUUGAUCGGCUAGACUCGGAUAUCACCCAGCUUUGGUCCUUGGACUUGUUCGAAAGGAAGGUCUUUGAGAUGCGAGAAAUCUAUGCUAAUUGGGCACCAGAGCCAGGCCAAGCAUUUUCACUACCGGAUGACGUGGCGGAUCCCUUUGCCAUGGAUCCAGAAUCAUAUCAGGUAGUGGGUCAAGCCUAUGUUUAUCUGGAUACAAUUCGAAACUUGCUUCCAAUAGAAAAAGAACCCUUUCCUAUAUUUGAUUCAAAAGGGCAAAAACAGGGGACUCUUGUUGUUUCAAUCGACAUUCAAUUCUCCUCAGCAAGGUCUGAACUGGAAGGAGAAGACGAGUUGGCGGCUCGCCGUAUCGAGGACAUUGACGAUAUUGACUCCGUUGAGGACGUGAAAGGGCGCGAGCUGACUAUCACCGUCUCAGUGCAUUCUGCAAGUAACCUGCCAGAGAAGUCGUGUCGACACCCGCAAGUCCUAUAUCGCUGGUUAGACGGAAUGACAGAAGUGUCUGCAGUUUCCCUCGAGGAGGCAAGCCGCGAUGUCGUCUUCAAUAGUGCGAGAGAGUUCAGUCUUAAUGCCAACGAUGUUGCAAUUGAGUGGCUCUCUAGUGCCCUGAUAUUUGAGGUAAGUGGAAAGUUCGUCGACAAGACUGGCAAGGGGAAGGGCGACAAAAGCAAAGACAUGCGCAAACUUGAGGAUGAACUGAGAGAAAAAAAAGAGCUGCUCAAGAAAAUUGAUGAGGCACUCCGAAUGCAAGGGAGGUCAUUGGAUGAAUUGCUACAGAAAGCAGAAGUCGAGCACAUUACUGCAGAAGAUAUGAAUGGCGUGAGUGGCCCGAGUGAUGACGGCCAAGAACCGCAAGCAGGACUAAUAGAUGCCAAUGCACGUGCACCUCCGAUAGAGGUUCAAGAAAAUGAAGACAACAAACAGGAAAAACUGAACGAACCAUCCAAUACAGUGGAAGCAGAACCUCCUGUUCUUCAAGAUACGGACCAACACCCAGCAGCAGAAGGGACAGAUCAAGCUUCAUCAUCAAAUGGUGACACCGGCAAUGCGGGUGAGGCCGUCGUGGAGCACACAGUGGAGUUAGCCCAAGCAGAACAAGAUAUGCAGGGAACAGCAAGCCCUAAGCAAGAGUCACCGAGCGGACCGAUAGAAGAGGCACCAACCCAGCAGGGAGCAGCACCCCCUGAACAAGGGUCAUCGAGAGGGCAGACAGAAGAAGCAACAAGCGACGAAGACGAUGAAUCAGCGUAG